GCUAUUAGCAAUUUAUUUCAAUUGUUAAGGAAAAUAUGGGACAAGUGCAGAGCGAAGCCAUUGACAACCGAUCUCAAAUUGAUUCAUUAAAGGCAUCGAAAGCCACCUCUGCUGAUGAAUCUCCGCCGCAAUCUCUUGAUUCUUUGAUUGCUGAAGCUGCAGCAUAUGGUGAAGAUGGUGAGAAUGAGUCCAUUGACGAUAAAGCUCAGAAAGCCCUAGAAUGCCCUUGCAUUGCUCAUUUACUGAGUGGACCCUGUGGCAACCAGUUUUCAGAUGCUUUCCUCUGUUUUCUCAAGAGCACGGCUGAAGAAAAGGGCUCUGACUGCGUUAGUCCCUUUGUCGCUCUUCAGAGUUGUAUCAAGGCAAAUCCUAAUGCAUUUUCAAAGGACAUCCUGGAGGACGAUGAUAAUACCAGGAAACAAGAUGAAGUCAAGAAGGAGGAAACACCUAAACAAGAAUACAGAAUCAUCCCCCCCAUUUGGUCUGUAGAAUCAAAGGGCUCUAAGCGUAAGGCGUAGAAAGUCUCACCUUUUUCUUUGUUCGUUUUUGGUCCUUUCUAGGAAGCUGGAGUGGUAUAACACUACUGCACUAAGUAGCAGUGUAUUGAAAAACUUUUCUCGUUGUGAUUUACAUGAUCAGACUUUUGAAGUUUAUUAAGCUGGAAUUGUAGAGACUACUAGGCCAUAGCUUUACUGGUUAUUGUUAUUGCUUUUCCGUCUAUUUUCUGGCUCUUAGAAUGCUGUUAUUAAGCUGGAAUUGUAGAGACUACUAGGCCAUAGCUUUAGGAUGCUCUUAGGAUAAAAUUUCAGUCUUCUUGAGCCGAGGGUCUAUCGGAAACAGCCUCCCUACUCCCUCGGGGUAGGGAUAAGGUCUGCGUACACACUACCCUCCCCAGACCCCACUUGUGAAAUUUUACUGGGUUGUUGUUGUUGUUAUACACAAAGAUAACUUGCUUAUUUGGCUAGCAAAAGUUUGGAUGGAUUCAGUUUC